AAAAUAUUUUUGGACAUUUUUCUCUUCCAUUUUGACAUGAUUCCAAGCUUCAUCUUGAUUACAUUCGUCAAUUUCAUUUUUAUACCAUUCAGGCAUUCAGCGACUAUCAGCAAGGGAAAGGAGAGGCACCACCACUAGAUAUACAGAAAAUAUACGAUGAUGGAUAGGCGACAAUGUCCCAUAGCGACGCUCACGAGGCGGACGACAAGAAACCUGUUUAUAGGAGCAACCAUUUUGUUCUUAGUCAUGUUCUCGCAGCUGUACUCUACGGGACUUGGUGACCGUAUCUUUCACAGAACAUCAUCCAGACUCAAUGUGACGUAUUUUUCGCCCCAACCCGACCCAGAUCUGUACACAGAUCCAUAUCAGCUAAAAGAUCUCUGUAAUCAUUUGCCAGAGACAAGGAAGCACCCUCGAGGUUUAUUGAUCACCGACAAGACCUCAGAUGAACCUCUCAAGAUUUUUUAUUGGCGGCAGUUUACGUAUGUUGAUGGAGUUGUUGACUGGGAAAAGGAGUCAGCGAUUCUUUGUCCUUUCCCUCCAGAACUGCAGUCAUUUUUUGAUUAUCUCUGGUCUUGGCAUAUCAAGAAAGAAGAGUUGAAGUGGGAGCAAGGGUAUGCUCCAUGCUGGUUCUGGUACAGGAAUGUACCCGAUUGGAGUCGAGAUAAGGUCCAGACGUGUGAUACACCCUCUCAGCGACUCAAAUAUAUCUCCAACAGCAAUUAUACUGAGUUUCGGGAAGCGGAUAUCAUCUAUAUCGACUAUCCAUUUUACAACUAUAUCCAGAGGCCUCCUUUUUGGGACGUACGACGAAUGCCACCUCGUGUAGCCCAUCAACGAUGGGUGUUGGAAUUCGGUCGUGAGUCUAUUGGUAGUUAUGCACAUGUGGCACUUCCUUCAUUCUUACAGCAGUUCGAUCUAACCAUGGGAGCGCCUUAUGCCCUGUUCGAUGUGCCAUAUCCUUUGAUGCCGAUUUCAAAGGAGACAAUCGAAAAUCUUGCGAAUGUUCAGCCCAAAGUACCUGUGACUGAACAGUUCUCGUUAGAGAUAACAGCUAGUACCCACUUGAUGGCAUGGGUGAUCUCGAAUUGUGAACCAAGGAACAACAGAAACGAAUUGAUGUUGGAGUUGAUUGAGAAGAUCGGAGCUCAUUCAUAUGGAUCUUGUCACCAUAACAGAGAUAUGCCAGAGCAAGUUCCUGGAGAGGCAUGGGAGAAGCAUAAGCAAAAUGUAUUGUCCAACUACGCAUUCACGCUUGCGGCUGAGAAUUCGAAUUGUGUUGGAUAUGUGACCGAAAAGAUAUAUGAUGCGUUUGCAAGUGGAGCGAUCCCGGUGUAUAUGGGUGCGUCCGACAUUGGGGAUUUUGUGCCUGCAGGAAGUUAUAUUUCGGCAUUGGAUUUCAAAACCACGGACGAGUUGGUUCACUUUUUGAAGACUGUGGAUCGGGCGCCUUAUUACAAAUGGAAGGAAGAAGUCAAAGUGGAUUUUACAAAGUUUUGUAAGAAUUGUCAUUUGUCCAUGAAAUCUUUAGAGUGUAGGAUCUUGGACCAAGUGAAGUUUGUUUGA